AUGACAAAUCCUAUUGCACUAUCUAUCAAGACAUUUCAACGUGUGGACUUCUCAAUAGUCUCGGACGUCCAGCCAAUUCAUUUCUAUAUGAAGCGGCACAAAAAGAAACUUACUUGGCAAUCAGUUGUGAACCCGUUCACAAAACAGGUUUGGUUGGCCUUCAUGUUUACCAUUAUAGUCUUUGGAUUAAUAUUCCGGAAAUUCGUGAAAGACAAUAAAGGGGAACCUUGGACUAUAAGGAGAACGUACUGGUAUUUGAUGACAACGUUAAUGUAUCAAGGAGUCGACUGCAACAACGUGAAUCGUUCAUCUUCUAGAAUAGCAUUUGGCAUCUGGUUGCUCAUGACAACAGUCUUGAUCUGGGGUUACGCCGGAAUAUUGACGUCAUUUAUGGCCGUACAGACUGACGAACCGGUUCCGAACACAUUCGACGAAUUAGCAAGAGCCAUUAAAAGACGAGAAUAUACAUGUGUAGUGCUUCCACAUGUUUACUUAAAUCGAUACUUAAAUAAGAAUAUAUUUUCUGUGACUAUACUACAUAGAUGA